CAACCGAUAUUAAUAUAUUGACGGAAGAAUUUACCAAGCUAUGACAGUCUGGGCGAUCCGGGUUUAGCUAACAUUCGGUCGACCAUCGCAAGAACCACCCCUAUGAGAGGGUAUACAAAUCUGGCGGUCGUCCACCUGGACUUCCAGCCUUGAACCCUCAACGCUCAGUCUACUCCCACCAACUUACGCUCGCGAUUAGAAGGCGCCACAAUGAAACUUCUACCGAACAGCAUCGCGCUCCUCGCGUCCGCAGCCAUAGUCACAGCGCAGACAUGCGAACUCCCCACGACAUACAAAUGGACAUCGUCCGAAGCGCUAGCGACCCCGAAGUCUGGCUGGGUCUCGCUUAAAGACUUCACCAGCGUCAUGUACAAGGACCAGCACCUCGUGUACGGGACGACGCACAACCAGGGAUCGGGCUGGGGCUCGAUGAACUUCGGGCUCUUCUCUAACUGGUCGGACAUGGCGUCCGCGAGCCAGAACGCGAUGAGCACAGGCGCCGUUGCUCCGACGCUAUUCUACUUCGAGCCCAAGGACGUAUGGGUGCUCGCGUACCAAUGGGGCACGACCGCGUUCACCUACCGGACCUCGACCGAUCCGACUGACCCGAACGCGUGGUCAUCGCCGCAGCCGCUGUUCAGCGGGACCAUAUCGGGUUCCAGCACGGGAUGCAUCGACCAGACAGUCAUCGGGGACGACACGGACAUGUACCUCUUCUUCACGGGCGACAACGGCAAGGUGUACCGCGCCAGCAUGUCCAUCGACAAGUUCCCCGGCGAUUUCGGCCGCACGUCAACCACCGUCCUAAGCGACACAACGAACAACCUGUUCGAAGCCGUCCAGGUGUACACCCUCCAAGGCCAGAAGAAGUACCUGAUGAUCGUGGAGGCGAUCGGGUCGAACGGCCGGUUCUUCCGCUCCUUCACGGCGGACAGCCUAAGCGGCGAAUGGAAACCCCAAGCCGCGACCGAAAGCGCGCCGUUUGCUGGGAAGAUGAACAGCGGAGCGACGUGGACGAAUGAUAUUAGCCAUGGUGACCUGGUCCGCAGUAAUCCCGACCAGACGAUGACGGUCGAUCCGUGUAAGCUGGAGUUGCUGUACCAGGGACGGGCGGCGGGAAGUGGUGGGAACUAUGGGCUCUUGCCUUACCGCCCUGCUGUGCUGACGCUGCAGCGAUAGUUGGGAUUGGGUACCUAAAAAGCUGGGUAUGGUUUGAGGUUACCUAGGUAUAUAUAGUAAACACGGAUUAUAUUGGUACAUCUACGAUAUCUUCUUUCUUGACUCGAACAUAGACAUGAAAAGAAACCUGUUGCAAAAACGACAAUUAUACUAUCCUCUACCUAUGCGCUAAUCGAGCGCUCAACAGAUCAAGAUAUUGCUUUGUGAUGAAUUUCGAUCCUCGUUCUAGGAUUCUGUGUCAGCUCCAAGACGUUUCCCUCGAAAAUAUCUGGAUUUGGUUCCGGCGCAUCGGGACCGGAUCUCUAACCGGUUAAUGUAGAAAAUUGUUUGAUCCUCCGGAAUGCCAAGGAUAGUAGAUGAAUUUUGGCAUCUGUAGCGCUCCAAUAG